AACACCAAGCAACCGGAUAUGUCAACAAAAGAAAAAUGUCAAACAAGAUGUUUGGGAAUUUUAAAAUUUCAAGUGUACUGCAGAAGUAAACUGGUAAAAAAAUCUACAUAUUACUAAGCUAAACUUUAAACCAAAGGAAAAUAUGAACUGCACUGCAGAUGAAGAAGCGACAAGCUUUUGUAAAAACACGGAUAACAACGAUUCUGAAUCUUCUGAGAACUUUCAAAAGUACAUCACUGAGCUUUUCGAAAAAAAUGGUAUAUUGAACGAUUUGCGAGCUUAUUUACGCGGACACAUCGUUGAUGUGCUGAAAAGCGCUGAAACAGGUGUGCCAUCAGCUUGCCAAAAACAUUUCACCCAGCGAUUGGAACUUGUGUAUCAAGCAUUGAAUAUUUUGAUUGCAGAAUAUUUAAUUCGGCUGGAUUUUAGUUACAGUAUGUCAGUGUUUGUAUCAGAGAUUCCAUUAGCCAACAUGGUGUUUGAUUAUGCGAGGAAACUGUUGCAGAGAACUGACACAAACAUGCCUGGACUGAGAUUUCAAGAGAAUGACAUAUGGUCUGUUCUACAUUAUUUAGGAAUAAAAUGUGACUCAGUGCAUGUGUCUAAAAUUGUAGACACAUAUAGAAAUGGAGAUACACCACUGUUGCACUGCAUACUCAAAUGUAUUCCAAUGUAUCAUACGGAUACAAGCUGUCUAGGAAAGGCGUUCACAUCAGAAGAAUGUCUGUCAUGUCGAAGCGCAAACAGCGCUGACUCACAAGACGACAAUCCAUCCAAGCCCAGAGACCAGCGCGGCUGCAAGCACUUUUCCUGCUGCAAGAGUUGCCAGAGCAGAUUCAUGCGCCUCAAGGAGAAAUAUUCCAACAAGAAAACUAAAAUGGAAAAGAUGUUUCAUCAGUUGAAGACAGUGUACGAAGCAGAAGUAGAGAUGAUAAAGGAAGAAGAGAAGAGGAAGAUUAAGAGAUCUAUCGCCAAUCACGCACUAUUGCUACAAAGACAUCGAGAUGAACUGGAGGAAUCAUUCAAAGCUCGUAAGGCCGAGCUGGAAAAGAACGUGAAUCAGAAGAAGAAGUUCCUGUGGGGCUUGGCGCGUGCGCUGAGGAGUCAGCACGAGCACAUGACAUCGGCGAUGAGGAGCGUGCAGUACGAGACAGAGAGACUAGCGGAGAAGGAAUCCACAAUAAAAGUCCAAUUAGGGGAAGCAGAACAAGCACUCAAAAAUCGAGGCGAAGAAAUGCGAAACCAAAUAUCACAAGAGCUCAUUCUACUCGAAAGUCAUUUAGAGACCAUGAAGAUAGAGCAAAAAAACAUCAACAAAGAAAGAGACGAAUUGGAAAAUCUCAAAAACAUAUACGAAAAUAACAGCAAAAUUUUGAAACAACAAGAAUUUGAAGAGAAGCAAGAUUUUAAAUUGCAUUACCAAGCGUUGAAAGAUGAAAUUGUUGUUCUAAGGUCAUAUAUAGAAUCGAAAGUGUCCAAGUGUUUUAUGGAAAAAGGCACGGUUAUGGAUUUGGGUGAUGGGUUGAUGAAUAACAAUGUCGGGGUUAAGGGUGAUGAUGAUAAAUUGAAGGGCAGUCAAGUGAUCAACGAUUUGAAGAAAGCGAAAAACGUGAAUUUCAGUCAGUCAAACUUAGACGAAAUCUACCGCCAGUUGAGUGGUUCUCCAAGCAGAUCGAUCAGUGGUCGAGAGGAAAGUAAUGUACGGGGUUCGACUCCCGACUGUGGCUGCAACCAGCACGUUUGUGACAUUGCCGUCUCCAGUCACCAUGGUUGCGACGGCUGCGACGGUUGCGACGGUUGCGAUGCGAUGGUACAGUUGCGCGAAGAGAAUGACAGGUUGAAGACUUUUGCUAGACAGCAACGCGAGCACAUAGACGCGCUGUCGAGCGAGCGCGAGCGCUUGCAGACGCGCUUCGUGAGCGACUGCAGGCCGCGGACAGCGCCAUCUGUUGUGGAGAACAGUUUCAUCUCGCGCAGUAGAUUAAACCCAACGAGCAGCACCAACACGUUUGGGUGGCGCAAGGGCGCGGGAGAAGAGUUGAGCAUCUUCAGCGGAGAGUCCCGGGUUCUGCUCCCGGGGGAUGCGGUGCCCUUCAUUGGGGUGCUCAGAGGUCGACAUGACAGCAGACGACAACUGAUAAACCAGUGGCGCACCCUGCGGCGUCGUCUGUCUCCGCAGACCCAGCCGCACCCCAUGACUAGAGACCCCGCCGCGUCGCUGCAACGUACCGACAUGGUGGAUACGGCUUUUGUUUCUAAUGCUAAAGAAAGUGGCAGUGACAAAUCUCAACAUAUGCAGCCAACUGUCAGUAAGGCGAGGGAGAAAAGUCCGAAGUCAGUUCUACGGGAAGCUAAGCAAAAGUUAAAGAAUAAUGUAGCAAAAGAUCCGCCCGCUCCACGUGACAAGAGCCCCAACGCGGUGUUGCGCGAAGCCAAAAUGCGGUUACGGAAGUUGGAAAUCGAGGCGGAGGCCGUCGAAAAGUCAUAUUUGGACUUUCGAAAACGUCAGUCCGAGCUGAGGGAGGAACGGCAGAACUUGGUGCUAGCUGAGAGUGCUAUUAUUGAAAGUGUUACUCAAAUCGAAUCAAAACCAAUUAUAUCAAACCUAAGAUUAAUUACAUCAGAAAAGAUAACAACCAACAAGACGCUUGACUACGAAAAGUCGUCAGAAGCGAUGAAGAUGGACUUUGACAAAUACCUUCGAGAAUAUACUAAAUACGACGUUGGGCAAACACAUUUUCAGAACAAGAAUUCUUAUAUCCAGAAAACUAAACCCAUACCUUUUAAAAGUUGUGAAAAAAAUGAAUUGAAAACAAAAAACACAAAUUAUCUAGAAACACCGAUAACUGAAUUCAGAAAACUAUACCAAACGCAAAAUAUGAAAAAGCGAAAUGAUAUGCAUUCAAAAAUUCCUAUACCGAUAGAAAUAUCAGAAACCGACAAAAAAAUUGAACCUAAAAUCGAAAAUUUAGAAAAAAGUCUAAAUAUUACAAAUAAUAAACAAGAAUACGAAAUUUUGCAAGAAAAUAUUAAUAAAAUUUACGAUUUACCCAAAACUAGUACACCCAAUGAAUCUGUAAUAGACAGUACAUCUAAAACUAUAAUAAAAAACACGAAAACAGAAAACUUAGAAAUGGAAAACAUAGAAAUAGAAAACAUAGAAAUAGAAAACAAAGAUAUAGAAAAUCAACUAACACUACAAGUAGAAAAUGUAAAUGAAAUAAAUAAUGUAGGUAUUACAGAGUCCAAAGACCUUUUGAUUGUAGUAGAAAGUUCCAUAGACAAUGGAGAAACGGAUUUGUCGGAAAACGAAAAUGAAGAACGUAAAAUAUCUCCACAAAUCACUGUUAUAGUGAGUCCAAAAACCGAUAAAAAUGAAAAAAUCAUAUCCCCUAAAGAUAUAUCACAAAAAGAUGCUGAAAAAUCAAAUAAUGAUCUAUCUAUGGAAUUAGAUUUAUCAAAACAAAAUGGAUCCGAAGUAGAAAAAGAUCUACAACAUGAAGAAUAUUGUGAUGAUUUUUCAGCAGAUGUAGACAAUUAUAACAGUAUAUCAGACGGUGGAAGAAACUCUCCAAUAUCAUUGCCAAAAACAUCAGAAGACGAAAACUUUUGGGACAACUAAAUUAUUUUCAAAAUCCCUUUUUUAUAGAUACAAAAUCUAAUUUAUUCAAAAUAUUUUUACGUGUAAAAUGAAACGCAAAAAAGAUUUAACCAGUCAUAAUUUAUUUAUCUAAUGAAUUAAAAUAUAUAAAACAUACAUUUUUUCUUUUAA